UUUGGAAUGGUCUCAGUCAAAACGUCCUCAGAGCAGCCUCCAGCAGGAAAUAUGCCUCAGAAGCGAUUAAAGGUGCUGUUAUUGGAAUCGAUUUGGGUACAACAAACUCCUGCGUGGCCGUUAUGGAAGGAAAGCAAGCAAAGGUGCUGGAGAACUCGGAAGGCGCCCGGACAACGCCGUCGGUGGUUGACCGCUCGGUGGUUGGGUGCACGGCCGACGGCGAGCGCUUGGUGGGCAUGCCGGCCAAGCGGCAGGCGGUGACCAACCCGCACAACACCUUCUACGCCACCAAGCGACUCAUCGGGCGGCGCUUCGACGACUCCGAAGUGAAGAAGGAUAUUAAGAACGUUCCAUUUAAAAUCGUCCGUGCCUCCAACGGUGACGCCUGGGUAGAGGCGCAUGGGAAACUCUAUUCUCCAAGCCAGAUCGGUGCCUUUGUACUAAUGAAGAUGAAGGAGACUGCAGAAAAUUACUUGGGACAUUCAGCAAAGAAUGCUGUGAUCACAGUCCCUGCGUACUUCAACGAUUCCCAGAGACAGGCUACAAAAGAUGCUGGGCAGAUCGCUGGCUUGAAUGUUUUGAGAGUGAUUAAUGAGCCAACAGCAGCUGCACUUGCCUAUGGUCUGGACAAGUCUGAAGACAAAGUUAUUGCAGUCUACGACUUGGGUGGUGGCACUUUCGACAUUUCCAUUUUGGAAAUCCAGAAGGGCGUCUUCGAGGUGAAGUCCACCAAUGGCGACACUUUCUUAGGUGGAGAAGAUUUUGACCAGGCUUUGCUACAGUAUAUUGUUAAAGAGUUCAAGAGAGAGAUGGGUGUUGACCUGACUAAAGACAACAUGGCCCUCCAAAGAGUGAGAGAAGCCUCAGAGAAAGCAAAGUGUGAGCUUUCAUCGUCUGUGCAGACCGACAUUAACCUGCCGUACCUUACCAUGGAUGCCUCUGGACCAAAGCACUUGAACAUGAAGCUGAGCCGCUCGCAGUUUGAGGGCAUUGUAGCUGAUCUCAUCAAAAGGACGGUAGCACCGUGCCAGAAAGCCAUGCAGGAUGCUGAAGUCAGCAAGAGCGACAUCGGGGAAGUCAUCCUCGUCGGUGGCAUGACCAGAAUGCCAAAGGUGCAGCAGACUGUGCAGGAUUUGUUUGGCCGUGCUCCGAGCAAAGCGGUUAAUCCUGACGAAGCCGUUGCUAUUGGUGCAGCUAUUCAAGGUGGCGUGUUAGCUGGUGACGUUACGGAUGUGCUGCUGUUGGAUGUGACUCCCCUCUCCUUGGGGAUUGAGACGCUGGGAGGCGUCUUCACAAAGCUCAUCAACAGGAAUACUACCAUACCAACGAAGAAGAGCCAGGUGUUUUCUACAGCUGCUGAUGGACAAACUCAAGUGGAGAUUAAAGUAUGCCAGGGGGAGAGAGAGAUGGCUAGUGACAACAAACUUCUCGGCCAGUUCACAUUGGUAG